AUGCUUCCCUGCUCAUCAUCCGUGCAGACGGAAGGAUGCGAGGAGGAGAGCGACGCGCACAUGCAAACAGAGUGCAACAGGCUGACCGAGGAGAGGGAUGAGGCACAGAGGCAGCUCAAGCACAUCAAAAGAGUUUCUCAGAUGGUGAUUGAGGAGGUCAGCGUUCUGCAGACUCAGCUCGAGAUUGAGAAGUCGUGUCGAGAGAAUGCAGAGGCCCUGGCCACGAAGCUAAACUGUGAGAACAGGAAGCUGAAGUACCUGAGCCUUUCGUCUCGGCCAUGUUUGGAUGAACUGCUUCCAAGCAUCUCUGACUGCAUUGCACUCGAAGCUGACGGAGACCCUGGAGACUCUGUGGAAAACAGCCCAGACACCUUCUCUCAGUGCCAGCAACAGGUUAAAGAGCUGAGGGAGACGGUGAGCAGUUUGUUGGAAGAGAAGAAAAGCUUUGUCUGUCAGAUUCACGAACAGCAGAGGCAGAUAGAAGAGCUGACCGUCCAGUCUGAGAAAAAUCACGAGGAGAUGAAACAGCUUCGUGAAACAGUCGAGCAACAAAGCAAAACCAUCAAGAGGUUUAACAGAGUCUCCAUGAUGGCGGCUCAGGAGUACGACGGAAUGAAGGAGCAGCUUGACUUGGAGCAGAACCUCAGAGUCAAAGCUGAGACUUAUGCACACGAGAUGCUGGUCAAGCAGAAGGAGGCCAACAGACAGAGCAUGUUGCUGCUGCAGAAUGCUGAGCCUAGCGUUCAGUUGCUGAAAGCUCUGGAAGAUGUCGCUGCUAUUACUAAAACCCUGGAGGAGGAGCGUCUGCAGCAUCAGCAGAAGGUGCAGAGCCUGGAGGCCCAGCUAGAGGAAAGCAGCGUGAAGAAACAGCUGCAGGAUCUUCAGAGACAGCUGGAGCUGCUGGAGGUGGAGAAGAAGGAGGCGGAGGGACGGCUGGAGCAGGCAGAGAAGAAGAACGCGGAGCUGGAGGAAAGAGUCCUCGAGCUCCAGGAGGCCGAGAAGAAGAUUACGGACACCACAAGCCUCCCUCCCCCAGAACCCGGGGUAGCUCCGCCUCCUGCACCUCCCCCUCAGCCACCUCCACCCCCUCCUCCUCCACCCCCUCCUCCCCCACCUCCUCCUCCCUCCAGAUGCAACCCUCUCAGCUCACUGAUCGCCAUCAUGAGGAAGUCAUCCAAAGGCUCCAAAGCAAAGGUGGAGCCCACUCCAGCUGCUGAAGGCGUGGACGACGUCAAGGUGAAGGCGGUGAAUGAGAUGAUGGAGCGAAUCAAACACGGUGUCGUCCUUCGACCCGUCAAAAGUCAGGAAAGCAAGAGAAUAGCAGUGAAACCUCCACCUUGUGAGGAGAAGCAGCAGGAAAGCGCCAUGGACGAACUGAAAUGCAUCCUGGAGACGGUGAAGAGGAGCCCCAGCCGAGGCUCCCAGGAGGCUGGACCGUCGCCGCCGACAAAGAAGGACAGCGAGCUGGAGGUCAUCCUGAGGCGCCGGCGCAACAAGGCUGGAGAAGCAGGAUCAGGAGAUGAACGCGAGGGCCAGAUGAGCCACGUCUCUUCUUUUGACAGCUUGAACGGGAGACGCACCAGCAGCGAUUCGGGCAAAGAUUCAGAGGGACCGAGCGGACUGAGCGCCGCCUCGGAGGCGGCGGGAAUCGUCCGGGUCAGUCCAGACAGAAGGGGCUCUGGACCGGGCCCCGCGGUGGCCCCGAGGAAGUGUUCUGACGUGGAGAGGAGAUCAUGCAGCUCUCUGUCUGAGAAGGAAACAUCUGAGUCUCCGGUCAGCAACGGCUGCAUUAGCAGCACUGAUGAAGAGAAUCAGAUAAAGUCAAACGGAGUCGACCACGGGGAGCCCGGCGACAGCAGCCGCACCGAGCACCUGAACGUUAGCGCUGACGCCGACUGCUGAGAUGGACUCUGAUAGUUUUCGCUCUGCGAUCUGAAGAGAAAGAAAUCAGAGAGAUGAGACACACUUGCCUUUUUACACGUAUGGUAUCAAAUGCUCAUUAGGAAUUUUGUUUGUUCUCUGAUUUACACUAACCAUCUGACAGAAAAAAAAGGCAACUAACCACAGUAACAAAAGCAGGCCACGGCAGUUUCAUUCAGAUAAUUUAUCUCCAGGAAAUUUCUAAUACUUUCAUAGAGUGUUCUAAAAUAGGUCUUCAUAAUUAAAGUCCAGAUUAAAACACUUUAACAUGACAGCUGGUGCAGAAAGCCCCCUGACUAACACAGGCUUUAUAAACGUAUUGUCAACAGUUUAUAGUUCAGUUGUACUUAUUGUAGCUCCUGCAGCAAACAUCCCAUGUUUACCUGAUAAAGGAAAUCUAAUCUGCUCAUGUAACAUAAACUGGUUCUGCUUGACAGUGAAAGAGAGCAGAAGCUUAGAAGGUUCCCAGAUCAGAUUGUUUUGGUGGACUGCUGAGGAAGAAAAGCUCAGGUGUGCACACUACAAAAACUCUGAUUGGAGGAUUAUUUCUUAAAAGAGUGAUUCAGAGACCCACGAAAUAAGAAAAAUAACAGAACAAAAAUGUUUUUAAAUGAACAAAAUACACUUACUGGAAAAAAACAACAACAACUAUUAAACAGGAACGGCCCAGUAUGCAAUCUACAUGCAGAGAGGUGAUGGUGAUGUCAGCGGUUGGAGCAGCUGUUAUACCUAGAAUGGCCACAAGAGGGCUUGAGGGGGCUGCCUCACAAAUCGCUGUUGCUGGUGGGUGCGUUGGGAUUAUAGAAGAAUUCGUCAAACCAAAAGGAACUCUAAAAAUUACGUUUUCAAUAACCUGAUAAUGAGAAUCUGUAACAUUUAUUUCAUCAUCAUGUGUUGGUCUCUUUGCAAUUAAAAUAAUUUAUCAAGAAAAUUACAGUAUUCUGCAGAAAAACCUGUGAAAAAGAGCAGAUGGACCACUUGAUCUACUUUUCAACUACAAACCAACAGAAACAGCUUAUCCUCUUGUUGUUGCCUUUGAAGAAGUCCUCUGAAUUUCCUAGAGAAGUCAUGCUUCCCCUGAUCUAAACUGUACUUAAAUCUCACUGGGGUACCAUUGUGUUUCCAGGGAGUCAGAACAGAACUGUUUCUGAAUCCACCAAAAAAAAAUAAAAAAAAAUCCUAAACUUUCCUCAGAUUUCCUGACCAAAAGCCUCAUAGAAUUGAAAUUUCUGAGAUAAAAUUGGAAUAAAACUCAAGAAUACACAUUUUGAAGCUACAAUCGGUGAAAAGCAGAGUAAAACUUGUGUGCAGUUGCUGCAGGAGUUUUCUGAGGGCAAGGCUGAUUGAUUGGCUCAGAGGAAGCUGCAGCCCUGUUGCACAAAAAGUCCUCUUCAGAUCUAAUAUCUUCAAACAUCUCCAUUGUUGCUCCUUUUUUUGUCUCAGUCUGAUGCACAAAGGAUGCGCUCAGCUAAACUGUGUCAACAGAAGGAAUGCACUACGCUGUUUUAGUUUCCAAUUUACUCGUUUGAUUCUCUCCCACCGGUGCUGCAGACACGGCAGGGGGGGCCGUGCAGUUGCUAGAAGGGACACCCAUUUUACUGCAUUUCAGAGGAUUAAAGUGUCAUUUAAUCUAAUUAAUGUUUUGACUUUUGUUUUUUCCUACUACUACAUAUUCCCUUAGGCUUCAGUUGGUUUUAUACAAUCCAAUGGUUUAAUAGUUACUUACUGUGGUUAAGAACCUGCAACUGGAGUUCCAUUCUUAGAAUGCUUGAUAUCAGGGUUUUGCCCAUAUCCAGCAUACAGAUAGAUAAACUACUACAACUGUUGACUAAUUUACAGUAGAUGCUGAUAAUGAUAACCCACCCUUGACAGUUAUUGGCACCCCUGAUAAAUAUACAUAAAAAGUCUUAAAAUAUAUUUGGCUUUAAUUUAAAAAGCAUUGUUGUAUAUGGAGAAGUACACUAGCUACAUUUCCUCAAUCCCUUAGUGGAGUGGAGGUGUAAGGCUGUGUCUAUGAUGUGGAGGAACCAGGCUUUGAGUCUAUGUUGCCUCAAAUAGGGCACCCAGUGCAAGAACUCCCCCGCCUCUUCGCAAUUUCUACUAAUCAGCGUUAGGGACUCCUGAAUAAGUGAGCAACUAAAAGCAUACAAACACACACACACACCAAAACUGAGUUCCAUAAAACAAAUGUCACUAAACAUUUAGUUUUUAUAUUUAACUUUUUUGUGCAAGCAUUAGCAUUAAGGACCCACAACCUUCUGUUUCCAUGGGGUUUAAAUAUGACUAGAUUAAGACCAGUUUUCUCCUGGCUAUUUCAUGCGUUUGGAAAUUCUUAGAAUAAAAUAACUCCUCGUCUAAACUGGACCUUAUCUACGGUAAGAGCAAUAAUGAAAAACUGUAUAACAAGUUGGAAUAGGAGCCCAGUUUAUCUUCCCACCGCACAUAGUUAGAAGGAGGGUCAGGGUUGGAGUUGUUGUUGCAAGGAGCAGCAACAACCAUUAGGUGCUAUCUACAGGCCAUGUAGCCGGUUGUGAGGGAUGCCUUGGAAAAAGCCUUUUCUUUCUCACUACGUGUUUUCCAAUAACUUGGACUAACUGGAACUGUGUGUUUUGGUCAUGAUGAUCACGACCAGAUGAAACGGGCUUAAAACGGGGGAUGAACACAGGCUGUUAAUUACGGUGGAGGAUCUGUGAUGCUGUCGGCUCGUUUCUCUUCUAAAGGCACUGAAAUGCACCUUGCAUGACUUGAUGCCACGGCAUGUCAUUGUAAACUUUAGAAUACCGGGGGCUUUCUUUAGAAAGUCUGGUGGCCUUUGCAAGAAAACUGAAGAUGAAUCAUCAUUAGGUGUGUCAGGAGCAUAAUGAUCUAAAGCAUCUGUCAAAAUCAUCAGAAACGGUUUGGCUCACACAUAACCAACCUUUUUUCUACAGUUUUCUCAGCCCCCAGAGUAAAAUCCCGUGGAUCCAUGACUCUGGACAAUCUAGAUACCCCUCCCUCUGUGUUCUCCUAGCUUGAAAUCAUGUUUUUGUUGUGCAAAUAGAAAAAAAGAGGGUUGUUCAACAUAUUAAAAGGAGUGCCAAUAAUUGCUCCACUGGUGGUUUAAAAUACAUAUUUCUGAAUGUUUUUUUUUUUUCUAUUUCCCUUACUGGCUUAAAAGGUUGUAGAGGUCUGUUUUAUUUUAUGCAAACAUUGGCCUCACAUGGAGGCUUUUUAACAGACAUUUGAGUAAAAUGUACAUUUUUAGUCAAGAUGCCUUCAGUCUGUGUGACCCUUUAAAUGUGCAGCCCUGACUGUUGUUUCGAUCCUGAACUUCUUCUGUUUAAUAUGAACCUGUUUCUGAGUGCAAGCAUUAAGGAAAAAAAAUGUUUCUACAGCCAGGGUUCCUCUCCUACACUGCUGCUGCUUCAGUUUCAGCUCCAGCGUGUCGACUAUCAGCGUGACAGGAGGUUAGGGAGGUUUUGCCAAGUGGAAAAUUGACAUAUAUGAGCGGGAAUAGAUGUAGUACAUCGAGCAGGAAUGUUCUCAGGAUUCAAGGGACAGGUAUUCAUCAGGUCAAGGGAGUUUACGUUGAAGAAAGCCAACAGAACGCCAUGUUUUCUGGUUAAAUGUGGAGUAGAAGUGCUUUGGAGGAAUGGGGUGCUUGUGUAUUUUCUCUACCUCUCCCCUGACACUUGCCUCUGCAGCGAAACAUCCUAAAAACAUCAAUGUGUAGCGUGAAAACUCGUGAGAUGCUGUCAUAGUUCCUCCACUGGAGAUAAGACGUCUUCCUGCACUAAAUUAGCACUGAGCCCUGUAAUGCACAUACUGUUAUGCUUAUUGUGCAUUCCUUGACUUUUAUUCUCUACUGUACAUUUACUGCUUUUCUGAGCACCUUUAUGCAAACUACAUGAGGCACAUUUGUAUGAAGUGUUCACACACCUUGUCAUUCUUUUCUUAACACACAGACUCACAAUGUAAAGUGAUUUUUGUUCUGUCCAUUUGGUGUAUUUUGCUCUCCUACAGAGGACCAUGCAGUUCUGCUGCACACACUAGGGCCACGGUUGGAUUUUCUGCACAGUGAGGCCUUGCACAAAACCUCCACACAGCAGAAAAAUGCAACCUGCAGCCGAGUAACAUUUUGCAUCCUCUACAUGAUUGCAUUUGUUAUCAAUGUGGCUACCUAAAGGGAUUUCCUGUAUGCGAUUGAGUACAUUUUGUGUGCGUUUUGGGAAUAUAAACGGAGUGUUUAAGGUUUUUUUAACAUGGAUUUUCAUCUUAAAAUCACUUGAAAUAAAAUGCAAUUUAAA